AUGUCGAAACGUAGAAUUGAAGUAAUGGAUCCCUUCAUCAAAAAGAAAAGAGAAGAACGCGGCAUCAGUACAGCAGUAGCACAACCAGUAUCGGGUUCAAUAAAUGCAUACACCGGCUUACCUUACACCAAUAAAUACCAUGAGCUCUUCCGGAAGAGGAUAUGCUUGCCUGUCUUUGAGUACCGUGCCGAUUUCAUGCGAAUCCUGGCAGAGCACCAAUGCAUUGUACUAGUCGGUGAAACUGGAUCUGGCAAGACCACCCAAAUUCCUCAGUGGUGUGUAGAAUACUCAAGAACAGUGGGCAACAAAGCUGUAUGUUGCACCCAACCUAGAAGAGUAGCUGCCAUGUCUGUGGCACAGAGAGUUUCUGAGGAAAUGGAUGUAGCUUUAGGACAAGAGGUUGGUUAUAGUAUUCGAUUUGAAGAUUGCUCAUCAGCAAAAACAAUUCUCAAGUAUAUGACAGAUGGUAUGUUGUUGAGAGAAGGCAUGAGUGACCCAAUGUUGGAGGCUUACCAGUGUAUCCUUCUUGAUGAAGCCCAUGAACGUACUCUUGCCACUGACAUCCUCAUGGGUGUUCUCAAAGAGGUGGUCAAGCAACGUAAAGAUCUGAAAUUGGUUAUCAUGAGUGCCACUCUGGAUGCUGGCAAGUUCCAGAGCUACUUUGACAAUGCCCCAUUGAUGAAUGUCCCUGGCCGUACACAUCCUGUAGAGAUAUUCUAUACCCCAGAGCCUGAAAGGGACUAUCUGGAGGCAGCCAUCAGGACUGUCAUUCAGAUUCAUAUGUGUGAGGAAAUUGCUGGGGAUAUUUUGCUCUUUUUGACUGGCCAGGAAGAAAUCGAGGUGGCGUGCAAACGGAUCAAACGAGAAAUCGACAAUUUGGGCCCCGAGGUGGGCGAGCUGAAGUGCAUCCCCCUGUACUCGACGCUGCCGCCCAAUUUGCAGCAGCGCAUCUUCGAGGACCCCCCGCCCCCCAAACAGAACGGCGCCAUCGGCCGCAAGGUGGUCGUCUCGACCAACAUCGCCGAGACCUCGCUUACCAUCGACGGCGUCGUUUUCGUCAUCGAUCCAGGAUUCGCGAAACAGAAAGUGUACAACCCGAGGAUAAGGGUGGAAUCGCUGUUGGUGUCGCCGAUUAGUAAGGCUUCGGCCCAACAGAGGGCCGGCCGAGCUGGCAGAACGAAACCGGGCAAGUGUUUCCGGUUGUACACGGAGAAGGCGUUCAAAAACGAGAUGCAGGAUAACACGUACCCGGAAAUUCUCAGAUCCAAUUUGGGUUCGGUGGUGCUUCAGCUGAAAAAACUCGGCAUCGACGAUCUCGUCCAUUUCGAUUUCAUGGAUCCGCCUGCCCCUGAGACCCUGAUGCGGGCGCUCGAGCUCCUCAAUUAUUUAGCCGCCUUGGAUGACGAUGGAAAUCUGACGGAUCUGGGCGCGGUCAUGGCGGAGUUUCCGCUCGACCCGCAGCUGGCCAAGAUGCUGAUAGCCAGCUGCAAUCACAAUUGCUCCAACGAGAUACUGUCGGUGACUGCUAUGCUGUCAGUCCCGCAGUGUUUCGUCAGGCCCAACGAGGCGAAGAAGGCCGCCGACGAUGCCAAGAUGCGCUUCGCCCACAUCGACGGCGACCAUUUGACCCUGCUCAACGUCUACCACGCCUUCAAGCAAAGUAUGGAGGACCCCCAAUGGUGUUACGACAACUUCGUCAACUAUAGAUCGCUGAAGUCGGCGGACAACGUCAGACAGCAGUUGAGCAGGAUCAUGGACAGGUUCAAUUUGAAAAGGACCUCGACCGAUUUCACCAGCAAAGAUUACUAUCUGAACAUACGGAAGGCUCUGGUCAAUGGAUUCUUCAUGCAGGUCGCCCAUUUAGAAAGAACCGGACAUUAUCUAACUAUCAAAGACAACCAAAUAGUACAACUUCAUCCUUCCACUUGUCUGGACCACAAGCCGGAAUGGGUGAUAUACAAUGAAUUUGUGCUGACGACGAAAAAUUACAUUAGGACUGUUACAGAUAUCAAACCUGAUUGGUUACUGAAAAUUGCGCCCCAGUAUUAUGAUUUGAACAAUUUUCCACAGUGCGAGGCAAAGAGGCAAUUAGAAAUAAUCCAGACUAGGCUGGAGUCAAAACAGUUCCAGCACGGUUUUUGA